AUGAACGCAUUCAAUAAGGAUGGACUGACGCCCUUGCAAUUAGCUGCUAAAACAGACAAUUGCGAGGCCUUGGCUAUCCUUCUCGAACACGGUGCCAAAGUUGAAGCUUGCUCACUGCAGGGGUCUAGAGCCAUACAUAUUGCGGCUGCCGAGGGGAACUGGAUUGCAUUCGACAUUCUGGUGAUCGGCAAGGCCGAUAUCAACGCAUGGGACCAGGACGGUGAGUCUUUGCUGCACAAGCAGGCACGGCACGCUUCGACAACGACGAUUGCUACUCAUCUUCUCCAGAAGGGGGCCAAUGUCGAAGCCUGCACUUCGCAAGGCUACACCCCCCUGCAAUGCGCUGCCAUGAGCGGGAAUAGAACCAUGUUUUUCUUUCUGCUCAUGAACGGUGGCAAGAUUGAUGUUCAAACCCCCAAGGGCGAAAGCCUACUGCACAUUACACCCCCUUCGAGCCAGGACUGCCUGGACAUUCUUGUCACCCUGUUGGAUCUGGGACUGGAUCCUAAAGCAUUGUGCAGCCGCGGCUGGACGCCGCUUCAUCAGACCGUUUUCAUGGGUACUGGCGCGCCCGACAUUGAAUUCGACAAGACCUCCGAGUUCAUAGACACCCUUCUGGAGCACGGUGUUGAGAUAGACACGGUGGCUUCCUCGCCUAGAGGCGAGACACCACUGCACCUGGCUAUCAUCGCUUCAAUUCCUCGUCCAUCCCUCGUCUCCUUCCUGGUUAGUCGUGGUGCAUCUGUCAACCGCAUGACAAGUGAAGGCAAAACACCUCUCCACCUGGCGGCUGAAAAGGGGCGCAACUCCUUGUUUCGGGCCUUACUCGCCGCAGGUGCUGACCUGACCAUCAAGAUCCCCGGUGGCACAGAAGACGGCGAUGAAGAGGAUGGGGGCCAGACACCUCUGGAUAUUGCUCGGAAGCAUCCUCUGGGAGCGCUGUGGUUCGACGAUACGGGAAACCUACAACUUUCGCUGGAACAAAGUCAGUGCGGCAGUCUAGCCACGCCUAUCGAAGAUAUAGACACGGAAUCAGACACAGAUGAUGAGACCGGGGGCUCGACAUUAGUGGAAGACGACGUAUCGCAGUGGAAAUCAGUCAGCUCAACCCAAAUUGUCUCGGUUGUCAAGAGUACUGUAUGA